CCCUAUACAAACUACAAUCUCGAAUCCCGGAUGGAAUACAUGACGCUCAUUCUUGUUCAAAGUCGGAAUGAUUCCUGGAUGGAGAUUGGAGCUUGGUUAACUUAGUCUUCGGGACGAAGAUGGGUCAUUUUGAUGCAAGAAGCGCUACAGGUGUGAGGUGCAAGAUGCAGAACACGAAUGGCAAAUCCGACUUCGCCGAUGAUCCUCCGAGGAACUCGUUUCGAGGGAAAGCACCUAGGCCUCCCGUCUUCGAGACCAAAGAAGAAGAACGGGAAUGGAUCAAGUUCCGCUUGGCUCAAGCCCUGCGAAUUUUCGGCAAUCGAGGAUACGACGAGGGAGUUGCGGGACACAUCACCGUCCGGGACCCGAUCCGUCCCGAUUGUUUCUGGGUCAACCCAUUCGGUCUGCAUUUCCGCCUGAUCCAACCCUCCGAUCUUCUACUCGUCGACCACGCUGGAAACAUCUUGGACGAGGAGUCUGGUCAGAAGGAUGGGCCGUUCCGGCUGCUCAACAUUGCCGCCUUCAUGAUCCACUCUUCGAUUCAUGCUGCCCGCCCGGAUGUCAUGUGCGCGGCACACUCGCACUCGACGUACGGCAAGGCUUUCUCAGCGCUGGGAAAGAUGCUGGAUCCGAUAUCGCAGGAUGCGUGUGCGUUCUUUGAGGACCAUGCCUUGUACACCCAAUACAACGGGGUCGUCCUCGAUGAGCUCGAAGGCCAGGCGAUCACCGCCGCCAUUGGGUCCAAGAAAGCCGCGAUCCUGCAGAACCACGGCCUGCUCGUGGCCACGUCGUCCAUCGAAGCCACUGUCCACUUCUACAUCGCCAUGGAACGAGCGUGUCAGGUCCAGCUGCUGGCAGAUACGGCGGCGAAAGCAUCGGGAACGCACACUGUACACAUCAAUAGUGCACAGGCACGCGAGACGGGCAAGCUGGUUGGCAAGCAGUCUUCCGGAUGGUUUAGUGGGAAUAUGGAGUUCAUGGUUUUGGAGCGGGAGGAGAAUGUCAAGUUCCGCUCUCAGUCUGUAGCUCUCAAGUGAUUUCGAGGUGGUCUUGGAGGCUGUCAAAUCAAGUGUAACAUGUAGAUUGACGGAAACACUUGCUCAAUCUUGCAGACAGACAAGACACGUGGUGACGGAUCUCUUCAAUAACAGUCAUUCCAGAUCG